CACAGAAGCUAUCUUCCAUAGCGGGUUCUUCUUCUUCUUCUUCUUCUUCUUCAUUUUCUUUCCUUCUGCUUUCAUUCUCUCUUAAAAAGUGAGUAGUAAUGGCUUCUUCUUCCUCCUCAUUUGGCACCACUUUGUCUGUGUUUCUCUUGGUUCUGGUUGGGAUGGCCUCAGCUCAGCUAUCCUCAACUUACUAUAACACUUCAUGUCCCAACGCCCUCUCAACCAUCAAGUCUGCAGUGGACUCUGCCGUAGACAGCGAAAGUCGAAUGGGCGCUUCCCUUCUCCGUCUACAAUUCCAUGAUUGCUUUGUCAAUGGUUGCGAUGCGUCUGUUCUGUUAGACGACACGUCGACCUUCACCGGAGAGAAGACGGCUGCCCCAAAUAACGGAUCAAUUCGAGGGUUCGAUGUGAUCGACACCAUCAAAUCCAAUGUCGAAAGCAUCUGCCCUGGCGUUGUCUCCUGUGCUGAUAUUGUUGUCGUCGCUGCUCGCGACUCUGUUGUUGCUUUGGGUGGCCCUUCCUGGACUGUUCAGCUCGGAAGAAGAGAUUCGACCACAGCAAGUUUAAGUACUGCAAACAGUGACAUUCCUGCCCCGACCUUGAAUCUGAGUGGCCUCAUCUCUUCCUUCUCCAAUAAAGGAUUCACUGCCAAGGAAAUGGUGGCUCUCUCAGGAGCUCACACCAUAGGCCAAGCUAGGUGCACAAAUUUCAGAGCUCGUAUCUACAAUGAGACCAACAUUGAUUCAACCUUUGCAUCAUCCCUGCAGUCGAAUUGCCCAAGCACCGGUAGUGACAACAAUCUCUCUCCCCUUGACACCACAAGCCCAACUACUUUUGAUAAUGCUUAUUACACAAAUCUGGUAAACAAUAAGGGCUUGUUACACUCGGACCAACAGCUCUACAAUGGUGGCUCCACGGAUUCUCAGGUUUCCACCUAUAGUACAAGCUCCUCCACUUUCUUAACUGAUUUUGCAAAUGGAAUGGUGAAGAUGGGAAACCUCAGUCCACUCACUGGGACUAGCGGAGAAAUCAGAACCAAUUGCAGGAAGACCAACUAGUACUGAUCAAUUGACCAUCUUUUGUUGUCCUUUUUUCAUUUUGUUUCCCCACUCUUAUAUGCCCUCCCCUGCCUUCUCCUCCCCUCUUUGGAAGUGUUAGAAGUGGUCUUGAUCAAGACAUGAGAUGUAGUUAAUACUUAAUUGGAAUAAGGAUUUAUUAGGCUGGAAUUCUAGUUAUUUGCAUAUUGGAGACCGA